AUGGCAAAUCAAGCGGUCUUUUCCCCCUCUCUUGUCGACGAGGUCAACACCCUUCUGAUGGCGCCGCCGUCCCAAUCGACCAGCUUGCAGAUACCUCCAGCAGAAACAGAACGGGGAUCGUCGAGGCAGGCAGCGCACAACUCCCCAGCGCAUCCAGGGUCGGCCUCAGCUUACCGCCCAGCGUCGGUAGCAGUGCACUCGGCAACCCCCUCUUCAAGCCAUGCAGGAUCCAGUUCCUCAAGACGCCAACAGCGCGCAUCGCACAGCGUAGUCUCAGGAACAUCCAACGACCAGGACCGUCGCAAUGGCCAUUCACGACACGAAGGCUCGCCGUACCCAGAUGUUUACUCGCACCCAGCUGCUGUUGCUUACGCAGCCGCCCACCCCCGCCGAACUAUCCCUAAAUUCGGACCCUAUCUGUUGCUGCAGACCCUUGGAGAAGGAGAGUUCGGCAAGGUGAAGCUUGGCUUGCAUUGCCAAUGGGGAGAAGAGGUCGCUGUUAAGCUCAUUCGACGUGGAAACGUUGACAGCAGUGUUCGCAUGUCCAAGGUCGAACGCGAAAUUGAAGUCCUCAGGACCCUGAAGCACCCCAACAUUGUUCGACUCUACGAUGUGAUUGAAACCGACAAGUACAUCGGCAUUAUCCUCGAAUACGCUUCUGGUGGAGAGCUAUUCGACCAUAUUCUUGCCCACCGUCAUCUGCGCGAACGAGACGCAGCCAAACUCUUCUCUCAACUCAUCUCCGGCGUGUGGUACAUCCACCAAAAGAAGAUCGUCCACCGCGACCUCAAAUUGGAGAACCUUCUCCUCGACCGUCACCGCAAUGUCAUCAUCACCGAUUUCGGUUUCGCAAACCGUUUCGAGCACAGGUCCGAUGACCUGAUGCAAACCUCCUGUGGUAGUCCGUGUUACGCUGCUCCAGAACUCGUCAUCAGCGAAGGGCUCUAUGUCGGUAGCGCUGUGGAUAUCUGGAGUUGUGGUGUCAUUCUCUACGCGAUGUUGGCGGGCUAUCUCCCCUUUGAUGACGACCCAGCAAACCCCGAUGGCGACAACAUCAACCUUUUGUACCGAUACAUCGUCAACACACCCCUGUCGUUCCCCGAUUUCGUCUCUGCAGAAGCCCGAGACUUGCUCAGUCUCAUGCUGGUUCCGGACCCCACCCGUCGAGCCAACCUGGACACGGUGAUGCGCCAUCCAUGGCUAUCAGCCUACCAUGGGACCCCUCGCACUGACGGGGUUCCUAAUGCCUUUGGCAAGUCGGUUGCUGACCUUGAGAAGGCAGCGAUGGAGCAACACCAGCAGAAACGCAUUGCUUACCAAAAGCAGAUGAAGGCAAAUGCUGUUCUGAACAACACUUCGGCUCCUUCACCCCGCAGCCACAGCCAUCGUCCCGAGCCAACGAGCGCCGCCCCUACGUCCGGCCGGAGCCGCUCAGUACAGCCCGAGUUCAUCUACGACUCCUCUGUUGAUCAGUCGAUAUCCGCCCCAGUUCCAAGCGCCAAUGCCAAUGCUACGCCGAAGCACAACGGAACAACUCCCAAGGCCUUUGACAGCCCCGCAGCACUUGGUUUGGCGGAUGACGAUCCUUUUGCACCUCCCCCCGGCACCAAGGUAAACAGCGGUGUCGCCACCGCCACAUCUCCUUCGAAGCAACGUCCCUCAGAAGAUUCUGCUCGAACGCCUGCUGCAGGUCUAUCGCCCACCGACAACAAGACCCCGUCCAAGGGUCACAGAUCGAGCACGAGCGGCGGCGGAAGGGACAUCCGUCACACUAUUCAGGUCGAGUACGACGAGCCGAAGAGUGCCAAGAGGAGCGACGACAAAAGACGAGAUAGAAGCGGCAGUCAAGGACAGCCAAGCCAAGCUAGUGCUCAGCCCAACGGUGUUCUUCCCAAUGUCCAGAAUGGACAGCCGGCGACUAGAGAGAGGCGACCAUCUCAUGGUGGUGCUACCAAGCCUCUUCCGCCACAGCCCGUCGCUCCCUCCGCUUACAAACCCCCGCCGACGCCAGCCACGCCUAAGGGCUCGUCGCACCAGCAGCCGAGUGCGACUCCCGUCAAGGCUGCUUCUGGAGGCGACGUGCCAACCGUCAACGUUUCUUCGCCCCCACAGACGCCUUCUUUUCACCAGCUCUCCCACCCAAAAGACAAGGAUAAAGACGCCAGUAGCCAAAACUCCGCCUCCUCAAAACGAGGUCACAAAAAGGGCAAGUCUAGCAUCGACAAAAUAGGUCUCGGCAAGAUCUUUGGAAGCGGAAACAGUGCUCCUGCUCCCCCGGUCCCUCCCCUGAACGGCAGCGAGCAUAACCUCCAAUCCCCUAGUGCUCCAUCUUCUCGUGUUCCUUCCGAAAGCCAGGGUAGCGCCUCUUCACUUCAAGCUCCUCAGGAACCGGCGCCGCCCAAGGAUGGGAAGAAAAGCCGUCGCAACACUUUGACAGUGAUGGUCGAGCCUUUUAUUGGCACUAUCCGAAACCGCAAGGGACGUCCUCCCACCACUCCCGCUACCGCUGAGCCCGUACCAACUGCCCAGACGUCGGUCAAUGCGACACACCCACCUGUCCCCUCUUCGGCGACCGUUCCUGCACUCCCCACCGCCCCGCACGAUGCCGACCUUACUCACCCGGAUAUUCCUGUCGAAGACGGCCCUGGAUUGUCAGCAUCGAGUAACAAAGCCAAGAAGGUCAUGCAGUGGUUCCGAACCAAGUCGAAGGGGCGUGAAUCUGUCGGCAUUGGAUUGGGCGGUGAAGCCGAGCACCACGAUUCUCUGAGCACGCCCAUAACUGAACAGAAAUACAAGAAGGGAUUCUCCGCGUCGAGCAGCACCGUCAACCAAACCUCGACACCUGCAUCCGCCAUGUCGCCUCAGGUGGUUGUCACACAGGCACAGCAGGCUACCACGCCUAAGACUCCCAAGGUUUCCGCUCCCGGUCAUCCCCAGCGGGCUGCUAGCUCCGCUACCGAAACCCCCAGUUUCGUCGCUCGGUUCCGCAACUCAGUUACAGUCGGUGGCGGCUCCCAUUCGCACUCAUCCAAGCACUCGAACCAACCUGGGGGCCAACUGCGUAUUCACCAGGGUGCUGUGGACCAGACCACCAUUACUACGAGGCCACCACCCGAGGUUAUGGCCAAAGUCAAGGCCGUGUUGGAGGGGAUGGGUGUUGAGAUUCAGCUGGAGAGCGAGUACAAGUACAGGUGCAUCCGUCACAAGAAGAAGAAGGGGGCGACUAGUGCUGCGGGGACUGCUCCCAACGGUGCUCCAGCUAACCUCGCUGCUGUACAAGUCACCGGCAGCGCUGCUUCGAAUGGGGUUGAUCGCCGUGGCCUGCCGCUUCCAUCUCCUUCGGCUUUCUCUGCCACUGGUGGCAUGUUGCGAGGAUUGCUCAUGAGGCGACAGUCGUCCCAAGUUUCGUCUUCGUCGCAACCCUCACUCGCCUUCGACGACGAGACUUCCGUCGUGGUCAGCGAACCAUUGCUCAUGUCCGACAUUACCUACGGUGAUCCCUCUCAAGAUGCGGGUGACGAAGUUCGCUUCUCGGUCGAGCUUACUCGAAUUGAUCGUUUGAACGAUACCUACUCCCUCGACAUUCGUCGACUCAAGGGUAACCUCCGAAGCUACAAGUAUCUGUACGAUACCAUUAGACAACGGGCUGAUCUACAACGCUAG